CAAACUGGCCAGGGCGACGACUUCUGAUCGCGACUUUGCUACACCUCUCUUUCCUGUUUUAAACACAAGCAGGACCUAUCCCGACGACAAAAUUUUACCAGAAGAAUUACACUUUACAUCCCGGUAAGCCUGUCUCUCCGCCUCAACAGCUGGGUGGCAGAGUUAUCUGAUACAACAUCCCUUGGCGUUUUCGUGUGGCUGCCGCGCGUGUUCGCGUCAUUGGGAAUAGCUCCCCGGGCCUCCGUGACGCCUAUCUACAUAUGACCCCGACCACGAGGUCUCAUGCUAACCGCCACGAUUUCAGGUCCUUUCCGCCAUCCCAACAGAACUUCACAACCUCGAAACCCCUCCCCACCCGAUCAAAUUUCGCAACUCCUGCUCUCCACAACUCAAAGCCGAAAAGCCAAAAUGAGCUCCCCCAAGCCAGAAGACAAGCCCCACCAGGGAGAAGAAAACAGAGUUCACGGCGAGGGCGAAGAUGGGAAUGAUGAGGAGGAGAUCUCUGCCAUGAAGAGGCGCGUUGCCGAGAUGGAAGCCGAGGCGGCCAAGCUUAGGGAGAUGCAAGCGUCGAUGGAUCAGGAAAGACAGGGGCUGCAGGACGACAAGGAAGAUAUCGACAACCGGAGCGUGUUUGUGGGCAAUGUGGAUUACUCCACCUCGCCCGAGGAGCUGCAGAGCCACUUUGGGGAUUGUGGGAGCAUCAACAGGGUGACGAUUUUGUUGGACAAGUUUACCGGGCAACCAAAGGGCUACGCGUAUGUCGAGUUUUCGGAACCCAACAUGGUGGCUCAGGCGUUGGUGUUGAAUGACAGCCUUUUCAAGGGACGGAAUAUUAAGGUUGAGCCAAAACGUACGAACUUGCCCGGCAUGUCUCGAGGACGCGGCAGGGGUGGGUAUCGUGGUGGUGGUCGUGGAGGGUUUGGAGGGUUUGGUAGGGGUGGUGGAGGGUUUGGUCGAGGCAGUGGUGGUGGUUUCUAUGGCGGGGGUUAUCGCGGCGGUUACCGCGGCCGGGGCAGAGGAGGAAUCGCCCCUUACUAAACGUCAAGGGGUGGAAGAUUUCAGCGGUACCCGGGGUGGCAUUAAUGUCAAGGAGAGGUCUGUCGCCUGUCCGGAGCCAGGGGUUUUUGGCGUUCACGGAGGCCAUUGGAUUGUUGUUAUUCUGGUUCGAGAGGUAAGCCAUUACGAACACUGAGAGGGAGGUUUCUAGAGUCUCCUCUGGCUCGAGGUGAAUGGAAUGUCAACCCUUAGGGCAACAUUGGAAGGGACAGUCGAAUCGACACCCUUAUUGUCCAAAGUUGUAUAUCAAGAGACGGGACAUGGUGGUAAUUGCUAUUAUUCUUUGCUUCGGUUUAGGAGUCGGGGGGAUAGGUAAAAAGAAAAGGGUACAAUUACUCAUCAAAUACAAAGUUGAUGGACCCUGGUGGUUGG